UCAAAUCGAACAACAUUAUUUUGCUAUCAAUAACACUAGAGACAAGUAGUAAAAUUAGUUCGUAAAAAUUCCUCGUCAUUUUGUAUGAAUGGCUGUUUUCAUUUUUCCACUAAUCAUUUCAUUAUUUUAAAUCAAGAGCAUGCGAUAGGAAGAAAUAGACUGGAAAUGACUUUAAUGAGUGCUUGGCAACUCUGGCUGUCGCUUUUGAAAAUUAUUUCCUUUUCUUCUCUGACUUUCUAGGGAGCAGACGGUCUUCUUUUGUCCAGACUCUAAGACAACCUGUCGCUGACUAAACAGAAGAUAACCAGACUUUAGUCAUAGCUUUCCUGCGUUUGCUUUCGGCAGUGGUUCUUCAUGCUGUAUUUAGACGUAGCUCCUGGCACAGGCAUGAACUACUACCAAGUGCCCUCUCUGACCUUGCAGUCGAUGCACCAGCAAUCGACCUACCAGCAAACCUACUUGGAUCGCAAUCGCAUGGUCACCGAUGUCUUUGUGCAGGAACAGAGCUCCUGGUCGGUGGCCACGCCCGCUCCCUCUGCUGUGUUUAUACCUGGUACUGCCAAUUGUCCCAUUGUGACGGGAAAUGCCCAUGGACCCUGCCAUACCAACCCUCCACCGCCCCCCGCUGUGAGUCCCCAUCCCAUGACCUACGUGUCCAUGCCGGGUGUGCAGUACUAUGCAGCCAGUUCCGCCUCCAUGAACGCUUAUGGACAGGGUCAGGUGUAUUGCGCUCGUGCCUCGGCCAGCGCCUGUUGCAACAUGGGCAGUUACUACAUGCCGCAGUACUAUCCAUGCUGCACCCCAGCCCCGCCGCCCAAGACGUUCUGUGCCACCCAAACCCAGACACAGACGCCCGUGAAGCGCUGCUUCGAUGUGGGCACCCAGGUGGACAUUGGCUUCGAGCUAUCGCGCUCCGAGGUGAAGAAGCCGGAACCCACUCCUUUUAAAGAUAGCUUUGCUCCCGAUGAAUCGAGCCUUAGUUCCUUGGAGAGCGGGGCCGGCGAUGGUUUGAGGGUCCAGCACCUACUGCGCAACUCGGAGGUGCUGCUGCACGAGCAGCGCCUCCACGAUAUUACCAGGAUCUCACUGCAGGGCAGCGAAAUAGCCGAGCGCCUGGCCCACGCCCAUCGCAACCGUCCGUGCUUCAAGAAGAUCGACACCCUCUGUGCCCGCUUGAAGCAGGACCUCCUGCGUCCGGAUGGCGUGCUGCCCAACAUAAACUCCCAGGGCAUCGCCUGGGCUGUCAAGGAUUUCAUAUUCGUCUUCACUCGCAUUGUGAAUGCCUGGGUUAUUCUGAAAGGCUAUGUGUACAACACCCCCGAGGGCUUGAACAAGAUUAAGGAUGAGCUGCCCUUGGGUUUCAUGGCCACCUUUGAUGCCUGGCAGGUGUCCACCUUGGCGCUUGUCCAGAUGAUCAUUAAAUCCUUCGUGAGUCUGGAUGAACUGCUGCUGAAGCAGAAGAACAGCUUUUUGAGCAAAGAAAACGCUCUGAUCAACGUGAACGUGAACAACAGUAGCUCCUUGAGGAGCCUAAUAGACAGCAACGAUAGCAGCAGCUUUGGCCAGAAGCACCAGGCACUGACCAAUGGACAGGGCCCCACUGCCUAUAGCACUCCCAGGAUUCCCAAUGGCAUGGUGAAAUCCUUUUCAGAGGUCCAAGAGCCCUGCUCGGCGCUCUACAAACCCAAGUGUGCCUUGAACCUCAACUAUUUGUACACCAUGAUCGAGGACUCGGAGGAAACGCAACGCAAUGUGGAUGCUAAUGGUACCUACUUGAAAACUGGGACCUACCAGCCACUGCAGAAGGAGACCAUGCAACUGGAGUCCUUAAAGCCAAGGGAGCCGUUCGGGGAGUCCCAAUGGCAGAGGAAGGCUGCGCCGAAGGCCCUGCCGCCGCCAGCUCUGGAGGUUCGUGAAGAUCCGCCUCCGGAGAUUCGUAAAGAUCCAGUUCCGAUGCCUCGUCCAGAGCCGGAGCCGGAGCGCCUGAGAGAUGUGAGGUCCUACACCAAUCCCUUUAGCCUGAUUGGCAGGGAGGUCACCCGCCAGCUGUACGAGUUCAGCGAGGAAGUUCUGGAGCUUGAGCACCUGGAGCGGUUCUUCAAGAAGCAGUUCACCCGAAACUAUUACCCCGAUUUCUUUGAGCAUUGCCAAAACGACUUUAUAGAUGUGCGAGCCAUUAUACUGCAGUGCGAGAGCGCCUCCUACCAACAUGUCUACCAGGCCAUCCACGAUCUACGCCGCAUCGCCUUCGCAGUGCGCUGCUACCUGAAGGUACCGAAGAUGUACUCGGACGAGAGCCUCAUGCACUACAUUGAUCUCUACGAGCGCUCGGUGAAUGGCAUGCUGUCCAAGCCACCGCAUUUGCCCAAUCAAUACGAUCACAUAAUGGGCCGGCCAGGCGAGAAGCUCUUCAACUACGAAAUCUAGGCGAAGAAGUUGGCCCCUCUCAAGCGGCUUGUUAAAUGUUACAAAUCUAGUUAAGUAGAAUUUAUAGGAAUUUAAUUGCAAAAUCAGUGCCUUUCGAAAAUCUCCAACUUACUCUAAGACUAAAAAGGCCCAAAGUCUGAUUCACAAUGCUUUAAAAUUGCCUAAUUCCUAAGAUUCAACAUCUGUUUUCGUUCGCAACAACUAGUCAAGCGUGUGAUAUAAACCAAUCCUAUAUUUUGUAGUAUAGCAUAUAUUAUAUAACAUUCUGUACAUUUUGUACGGAUUUAACUACCUGGUUAAAUUCACUACAAAAAUAGUUUGUCAAUCAAAUUCAUAUUUGUACAAUGAAAUAAAUCUAGAACAAAUGUUGUUA